AUGGUUACAGCUAUGCCCACACUUGUUAUUCGAGAUGGGGAAACUGAUAAUGGUGGAGACACUCAGUCUGGUGCUUCCAUGCCUUCACUUGCCGAAACCAGCUCGUCGUCUUCAUCAAUCUCAACCACCAUUACUGCUAUACCUAGCAUGAACAACCCAUAUAUUCACGUACCGACACUACCCGCAAGCUUAGUAUUCAUCAUUGUUGGUGCCGUUCUUGGAGCCAUCUUACUUGCGUUGACAUCUUACCGAAUCAUCAGUUACUACAUCUCCUCAUCAAAAGCGCGUAGGGACAAAGAAGUUUACUACUCCACACCUGGUGCAAACGCAAUGAUGUCAGAGCAUUAUUCAUUCCCUCAUAGACGCAUAGGAUCGUCUUCAUCAUUACUUGACUUGUCAUCCUCAUCUGCUUCCACUCUAUCACAGGGAAGAUCUUUACAGAACCACAUCCUCAGUGAUAAGCAACAAUUUCGUAAAUCAAUGUUUAAUAAUCCAAGUUUGGAAUAUGAUACUUUACCAUUGUAUCAAGAUAAGCGAAAUUCGUCAUCUACGGUGUACUUGCAUAAAUACAACAAUUCAUCAUCGGCCUCGCUUUUGAAGCCAUUAGGACCAUAUUUGGAUUCCAAUGCGGCUGUUUCGUCGUCUUAUAUUCUGGAAGAUGGCAAUAAUACCAAUAAGGAUACGGAUAGUGAUAAGUUUGGAACUACGGGGACGUUUGCGGGAAGUGUGCAAACUACGUUACGUCCUCCAAGUAUGUACCUUGAGGAUCUCUUGAAUGGGGAAAUUGCGGGAGAUAAGGAAAGUGGAUAG